AUGUCGUACCGUUCGCCGUACGACGGCACCGAUGCGCGGCGCGAUGGCAGCUUGCGCCGCGACGUCAGCGGCAGCUACAGCCGCGAAGGCAGCAGCAGCAGCUACGGCAACUACGGCGCUCGCCGCGACGACAGCUGGGGCCGUCCGCCGUCGCGCACGGCAGACGAGCGCGAGCGCGGCCGCGACGACGUGCGGCACGAGCGCGAGCGCAGCGAGUCGUGGCGCAGCAGCAGCACCAGCGCCCGUCCGGCGCCGCUUCCGCCCUACGACCCGCCGCCGCCUCGUCCGUCUGCCGCGCCGCGCACCGCUAGCACCGACGCUCGCCCUCGCACUGUCAGCACCGAUGCUCGUCCUCCUCCUCCGCGCGCCACCAUCGACAGGAGCAGCGACGCUCGCAGCAGCGAGGCGCAUGUCAGGACGAACAGCAGCAGCGACGCCCGCAGCGGCGAACCGCACGUCAGGAGCAUCAGCAGCAGCAGCGCCGGCGCCGGCGGCAGCGGCACGAGCAGCAGCAGCUUGACGACGCUCGUGCAGCAGCUGGUGGAGGCGGGAGAUAGGCACGCAGACGCGCGCGUCAGGGACAAUGAGGCGCGCGCCGCUCUGCGUGCUGCUCGUACGGAGCGCGGCAGCCUCAGCGACGCCGAGUACGCCGUGCAGAUGGCGAACCAUGGUCUCUUCAAGGACCGCGCCGAGAAGGCGCAGCAGGAUGCGGCAGCGACCAAGGAGGCGUACCACGCCGCCUUCCGUCGCCUGCUGGAGUCCGCUCGCGCGUCUGCGCCGCCGCCGCCGUCCGGACCUCCGCCUGCAGCACUCUCGACUGCGCCCUCUUCGUCCGCCGCGCCCUCUACGUCCGCUGCGCCCUCCACGUCUGCCGCGCCCUCCACGUCCGCUGCGUCGACUGCGACAGUUCCAGCCGCGCCGAGGUCGAUGGCUGCUGCGCUUGCAGCUGUCACAGGCGUACCGACUGGGCCGAGGGCAGAUGCGACGGCGGCGUCGUCGACAGCAACGCCGGCAGUGACGGAGAAGACGCACGAGAAGCUCCUCGAGAAGAUCAAGGAGCUCAAAGUCGAGGUGGACUCGUACCGCAGCGACACGGACUCGCAGAUCAACUCGCUGCACGGCGACCUCGAGGAGAUCGUGCGCGUCGCCAUCGAGAAUGCGCAGGAGCAGGCGCGCGAGCGACAGCAGCAGCGCGCGGCCAAGCGCCGCGCCAUGGGCACCAGCACUCCGACGCUCUCCUCGACGCACUCUCCAGCGCCCAUGGCUCCGCCGGCCGCGCCUGCAGCUGGGCCCGUCGUCGACCAGGCAGAGAUGAUUUCGCGCAUCUGCGGACGCCUCGACCAGACCGUCAACUCGCGCAUGUCCGAGCUCAUCCGGCGCGUCGACGGCGAUGUCGCCCAGCUGCGCGCCACGCUGACUGCGCUCGAGACGCGCGUCGAGAGCCAGGCGGCGCCACACUCGAACGGCGUCGUCGCUGCGCCUGCGCCGGCGCCGGCCAACGGCGACGCCGCGCGUCUGACGCAGGAGAAUGCGGCUCUCCACAUGCGCGUGCAGACGCUCGAGCAGAACAUGGCCGGCAUGAGCAACCUCGUCGCCUCGUCGGUGCAGACGGCGCACCAGGCGCGCGAAGAGAUCCAGCUCGUGUACAAGUGGCUCGCAAACGUGCCCGACCCAAGCACCGGCCGUGCCUUCGACUAA